AUGUCAGCUAUUAGAACCUUCUUUCCUCUGCGUACGACCGUUUUUUUCCGGCCCGAAAACACUGAGAUCGCGUCGGAUAAUCUAUGGAAACCGCUCAGCAGAGAGAAUCAAAAACAGCUGGGCAGACUUGAUGAGACGCGAAAAUGCAUCGGCCAGCUAGAUUCCCAUACAAGAAUCAUGUCGUAUAAGACGUACGAGAACUGUGUCUCGUGCUACUGUUCGACAGACUCUGCAGACCACUCUGCAGUUUUUGUGAGCUAUAAGAUACUCCUCGAACAAGUGCUCACAAAGGCCCAAGGUGAGCAAUUGGUGCAGCUUUCAUCGACGCUUGGAAUCGAGGUACUCGUUGUUCCUAGCAAUUUGUACUCUAAGAGAGCUCUGAAAAAGAACAAACGGGUCUUGUACUUGAUGGGCCCUGAAGACCAGGUCAAUGCAGCAGAGACGCAAGUGCACGCAUUAUUAUCCCUUUUCAAAAACAAGGUAUUGAAAUACGUGGCCAUGGACAGUCCUGCGUUGUUUCCAGUCUGUGCUGGCAUCGAGCUGAACAACCUGGAGUACUACCGUAAACUCUACAACACGAAGAUCACCAUGCCGCGCGUUUGGAACAAAUCAUGCGGUACAAUCUUUCUCUCGGGUGACGUUCAUUCUUCUGUGCUGGCAACAAAAGACCAUAUCGAGCAGCUAAUCGAGGAUGCAAAGGGAAGCAUGUACUACUCGACUCUGCAGAACAUGGCACCUUUGAAGCUGCUUUUCCUUUCCAAGUUCCGCCAGCACCAACUAAAUGCAAUCAUGGAAAAAUAUCAAUGUUUUAUUCAGAUCGAGAAGAACUAUGUACAGUUCUCUGGCACUUGUCUUACGGCAUUGGGUCUAGCUAUUAAACACUUUACACUAGAGGCCUUAAUGCCGAUCUUUGAGACACAUGUUUGCUUUCCUGACGCUAAGGAGCAACAUAGUCUGGGUGAGCACCUCUACCAAAUUGCAUCAGGCAACAAUGUGAUAGUGAUGCAAUUGGGUAAUUCAGCCGCAAGUUUCGUACUCGUUGGUCUACCUCAGGAUUUAUGUCAAGCCUCCGCAUCCUUGGAAGAGCUUGAAAUCCCUGGGCAUGUACGAAUUAAGUACUUUAUCGAGCUGAGUUCAGAGUACAAGGACUUCAUUUCUGGUAAGAAGAGCGGCAAAAUUACGAGGAUAAUGGAAAAUGCAAAAUGUAGCAUAAACUUGAGCUUUCAAGAAAACAACAUUAACAUGGGUAUAUCGCUCACAUCGGAGUCUUCUCAAGGGUCCAAAAUGGGAAUCAUGCUCCUGAAUGAUGAGCUGCCUGCCGAAGAUUCUUUCUUCAUCCCAGACGCAUACCACCGACCUGUAAUCGGUACCAGAGGUUCAGUGAUUCAAACGAUUAUGAAAAGGUAUAAUGUGUUCAUUCAAUUUUCCAACACGUACCAACCGCAUCAUAACAACAAUGGACUGAUAAGACUAGACAAUGUAAUCAUUCGAUGCCCUUACAAAAAUAGAAAAAUGAUUCCCUUGGCCAAAAGUGAAUUGAAGCGUAUCGUGGCAGAGUACAGCGAGUUGCAACCAAAAACAUUCAUCAAGAUGUCACUUGGCCAGUAUCGCUAUUAUUUCCAAGAGACUAAGAGACGCGAAAACGAACUGAUUAAUGAUGUUGAGAAGAAAACAGGCACCUAUAUCAUGUUUCCGGAACAAAUGCCAGACCAUAAUCAGCAUUUAGAGAUUCGAGGAAACGAUCAAAACUCAGUUGAUGCUGCUAAAGAGUUGUUGACGCAUUUGUCGUCGGAAAGGCAAAUAACGCUGGAUGGCCUCCCAUUAGAUAAGAUCGAUUUCAGCAACAGAGUUGUCAUGUCACUAAGAAGAGCAAUGAGUGUUGGAGCCACAUUGGAAGGAAAGUUAUUGACAUUAAAUUUCAGGGCGCUCGAUGACGAGCAGAUAGCAAAGGCGCUGAAGAUUGUAAAAGCUUAUAUCUUCUCCAAAGGGGUCCAUAUCAAAUCGGACCAUGCUUUAGAUUUCAGCACAAUCAUCGAACGCUCUACGGGCCAUAGAAAGUCGCCGUAUGCAGAGUUCGUGUGA